GAGGCAAGACCACAGCUGACGUACACAAGAAACGUCAGACAGUUUACAAAUGUUUGAUCAUUAAAAACAAUCCAUAUUCGCAAUAAUAAGACAUACUGUUCAACAUUCAGGUAUUAGCCGGAUUAAUGAGGGGCGUGUUCAGUUCGCACGCGCUGUGUGUAGCGGACAGGAGGAUGCGUGGCUGAGGACUGAAGAUCCGCAUCUCGACCAGCGCGCCGAUAGACAAUCAAAGCCACGAUGGAGGGGCGAGACGAGUUUUUAUGCGGGAUUGUUGAGGGUUUUUACGGGAGGCCCUGGUCAAUGGAGCAAAGGAAGGCUCUAUUUCAGUGGAUGCAAAUGUGGGGUUUGAACACAUAUCUGUAUGGUCCUAAAGAUGAUCUGAAGCACAGGUUGCUAUGGAGAGAGGUGUAUUCAGCAGACGAAGAGGCUCAGUUGAAAGCUCUGGUUUGUGAAGCAGAGUCGAGGGGUCUGAGGUUUGUAUACGCUCUUUCCCCUGGUCAGGACAUCGUCUUCUCCAGCUCUUGUGACCUCACACUGCUUAAACGCAAACUUAGACAGGUGGCAGACCUGGGCUGUCAGGCUUUUGCCCUCCUUUUUGAUGACAUUGAUCACUCCAUGAGCCAGUCCGAUACUGAGGCCUUUUCCUCAUUUGCUCAUGCCCAGGUCUCCGUGGCCAAUGAGAUCUUCCAUUUCUUGGGGGAGCCACCGGUCUUCCUAUUCUGUCCAACUGAGUACUGUAGUUCUCUCUGCACUCCUAGUGUCUCAAAGUCUCCAUACCUGCUGAUGAUAGGAGAGGACCUACUCCCUGGCAUCUCCAUCAUCUGGACCGGAAAUAAAGUGAUAUCACGGGAACUGAGUGCUGAUUCAUUAGCUGAGGUCCAGUCUGUGCUUCGACGGCCUCCCCUCGUUUGGGACAACCUCCACGCCAAUGAUUAUGACACCCGACGUGUCUUCCUGGGGCCUUUUAAGGGUCGCCCCCCUGGACUUAGGGCCCAUCUGAGGGGUCUGCUGCUAAAUCCGAACUGCGAGUUUGAAGCCAACUUCAUCCCUCUGCACACAUUGGGGAGCUGGCAUAAAGAAGGAAAAGAAGAGGGGAAAGGUGAUGAAGAGGCCUACAGUGUGGAGAGAGCUCUCUCAGCUGCUCUACAAGACUGGAUGAAAGAACUCAGCCUUCCCCUGCAGCCUGGACGUCAAGAGAGGCCAGUCGAUCUCAAGCCCUUAACACCUUCUAUUAAAUCAAAGUCCUCCGAUAGCUCAGACAAUCAACAUGGAGCCCAGCCCAAAUCUCCAAUAACCUCCUCCCAGAGCUCAGGGGCCCUUGCUUGCGAUGAGAUCCCAGCAGACCCUGUUACGAGUCAAGAUCUGAAAGCUGUGGAGAACCAGGUCUCCAGGAGCUCCAGCCAUGAAAAGACCUCAAGAAGGGGAUUGUGUUCUGGGAGGUCUCCUUUAAGUGAGGCCCAGGUCCGGCUGCUGGUUGGCCUGUACUACCUGCCGCAUGAACACGGGCCACCUGCUCAGAGUCUGCUGCAGGACCUGACGUGGCUUAAAGCCAACUGUCACUGGGUCAGUGUCAAUGGAAACGGCAAGAAGUCCUCACCACAGAAGGUAGAGGAAUGGCGUGCCCGUGCUGGCCGGUUCCUGGCUGCAUGUGAUGAUGUGUCUUUACUGCACAGCGCUGUGGUCAACAGCAUUAAUAGGGCUGUUCUCUACGACCUUUACCCUUACAUCUGGGACCUAAGAAACACCCUGCUGGUGGCAAAAGCUUUCAUCUGCUGGUUGGAGGGUCGUAUAAUGAGUGAAAGUUCUCCACUAGGAUCCUGGAAGAACUGCUUCCACUGGUGUGGAGCCUCUUCAGGGGCGGAGCUUCAUGGUGUGGAGGCGGAGCCAUGGGUGUUUAAAGGAGGGCUAUCAGGAGAGGUGCAGAUGCUUUUGCCUGUGGGGACCAGCAGUGAGUUAUUCAGUCACCCACCCCCUCUUUUUCCCACUUGUCGACUUUUCAACAUAAGGCCAUUCCAGCAAAAAGACAAGGUGGAGCUGUACCGAAUGGUGCAUCAGUUGCACCAGGGGGGUAGAGGGGGCCAGGACGCUGCCAUCUCCCAUCCAGACUUUAUUGGGGACAGGUGUCUGGGUGCAUCUCUGGCCUUGUGCCCAGAGUACAGCUUAGUUCUGGAGGAUGAACUUGGUGUGUGUGGGUGUGCGGUUGGCAUUCUUGAUGUUAGCUCCUUUUCCAAACGAUGCCAGGCCACCUGGCUGCCCGCUAUGAGGGACAAAUAUCCUUCACGCUCCCACAGAGCCAAUGGACAUACUGCAACAAAGGAGGCAUUGCUGUAUUUCCAUGAAGAACAGGACUACCCAGACUCCCUGCUGUAUCAUUUCCCAUCUCAGCUCAGGCUGGAGGCUCUUCCUGAGCUGGUGGACUGCAGCGUUAGUCGAAGCCUCCUGACCGCCCUGCUGAUGGCAUUAAAAGCUAACGGUUCACAAGGUGUAUUCUGCGAGGUCCAGCCCACAGAUGGCUUACGGAUAGAAUUUAUGUCAAAACUUGGAUUUCUGGAGAUCCUUAGGGGAGAAGCACGGCCCACAGAGGGUGUGGUUCUGGGGAGGCUGUUAUAAAUGAAUACCCAAAACACACUAGAACAAAUGGCAAAAAUAAAAUCUGGGGUUAGGGUUAUGAUCAGGAAUAAGGCUGGGUUUAGAAUGUGCUUACUAUAGGUAAAAGUCUAUUCACAAGUCCAAAUGUUGGGCAUGAAAAUAUGCAUGACAAUAUUUUAACAUGAAACAAUGCGUCUCUAUUAAGUCCUUCAUAAGAGUCUGAAAUAUGGAAAAGAUUUGUCAUUUUAUUGAAUGCUGGGUCAAAUUUUUCAGUUGUUUGGAUGAACAACAUUGGCAUCGGACAGAGUGUGAAUCGUUUUGAUGCGAAAAAUUGUUAAUAUUUUAUACUUACAUGAUUAGUUGCAUUGGACCUGGUGUGAACAGGCCUUCAGGCUUCUUGGUCAGAGUUGGGGCUCAGAUUAAAGGGAUCGUUCUCCCAAAAAUGAAAAUUCUCUCAUCAUUUACUCACCCUAAUGCCAUCCCAG